AUGUCUUCACCCCCACGCAAACUCACACUCAAAGUUCUCGGACAGUUCGACCAAGGCAAAGAAGCAGGCAAACAAGCAUAUCGUGAGGUUAGAGUAGAGGCACUGUUUGAAUUCCAGCACACGGAAGAGUACCGCAAAGGUUAUGAAGCAGGUGUAAAAGCAGAAGAGAAUCUCGGAAUUCCCGGCACCGAAGAAUGGACAGCUGAUAGGAUCGCCAAAGAGGCCAAGAAAGCCAAGGAGCUCGAGCUAUUCAAAAGAAUCGCAGAGAGAAAAGCGAAAGAAGCUAGAAGAAUCAAGGAAGCAAUUGAGACUGCUCAUCGCGAUGCUGUUAUGUUUCAUAGGGAGUUUGAUACGGGAGGAAUUUUAGAAAUUCAUGGGCCUCGUGCGCAACUGGAUAAGGAUGGUCAGAUUCAGGGCGGGCUUGAGCGGAAAAUCUAG